AUGUCUUCACCUACACAACAGGUGUCUUCACCUACACAACAGGCGUCUUCACCUACACAACAGGCGUCUUCACCUACACAACAGGAAGCGACACCGGUCACCAGUGCGACACCGCUCACCAGGGUCCGGCUCAACUGUCAGACUCCCAAUGACGGCAUGCCUGAGGUCGAUGCAUAUGACCGCGAAUUCACGCACGUAUCACCACGGGAAUUUCUUCUCGCUCCCGGAGCGAUUGUGCCCUUCGGUUCGUUGGACCCUGUAGAGAUCGAGCAGGGCCUCAGGCCUGCAAAAGACAAUCUUUACACCUACAAUCCAAUCCUCGAUUCUUGUCAUGCGGAACUCACGACCGGUAAAUACCGCUCACAUCCUCUUUCCGCGCCGCAGAGCAUCUUCUUGAGGGACCUUGGCUCCUCAACCGGUACGUAUGUCAACCAUAUGAGACCAGGAAAAGGCAAGAACGAGUACAAGCUGCUAAAGCCCUACAAGAGCAUGGAAGUCGAAAGCGGGGCUCUGAUCCAGUUCGGCAGAGACCCUUACAUCGUUAGGAUGAACGGGCAACAGAUAGUGUGCCGGCCGCCUUCAUGGACGCUCAUUGUUGAGCCCUACGAUCCGGAAUUCGAUAAGAAGCUCAAAGAGUCAAUGGACAAGAAGGUUCGGGAACGAGAGGAAGCGAGUCAAAGUUCCAGUGCUCUACCAUCGAGCGUGGGAGGGGGCUCUACUCGUUAG